AUGGUUGCGUCAGCUGUCAGGAUGCGCACCCCGAGUGCCAUGUUCAUGUCCAGAGGUGCCGCUGCUAUGCGCCGGCCCCAGGUUUCCUACAAGUUCCAGGAGGUUAUCCAGAACCAAUUGCCCACCCUCUCCGCUCUUUCCCGCUACUAUGCCUCCAAGUCCUUCCCUCCCCACACACUCAUCAGCAUGCCCGCCCUUUCGCCGACAAUGACCGCGGGAAACAUCGGCACCUGGCAGAAGAAGGCCGGAGACGCCCUCCAGCCCGGUGAUGUUUUGGUGGAGAUUGAGACCGAUAAGGCUCAGAUGGACUUCGAGUUCCAGGACGAGGGUAUCCUCGCCAAGGUUCUGAAGGAAUCUGGUGAGAAGGAUGUCGCUGUUGGCGCGCCCAUCGCUGUCCUUGUUGAGGAGGGUGCCGAUGUCUCCGCCUUCGAGUCCUUCACACUGGCUGAUGCUGGUGGUGACAAGCCUGCCCCCGCUGAGAAGAAGGAGGAGCCAAAGAGCGCUGAGCCCUCGACCCCGGCCCCCGCCCCGGAGCAGCCCGCUGCGCAGGAACCCGAGACUUCGGGUGAGAAGCUCCAGCCCGCUCUUGAGCGUGAGGCCUCUAUCAGCCCCGCUGCCAAGGCCCUCGCCCUCGAGAAGGGUGUGCCUAUCAAGGGCCUCAAGGGUACUGGCCGUGGUGGUGUGAUCACCAAGGAGGACAUUGAGAAGUACAAGCCCGCCGCCUCCGCCGCCGCCGGUCCCGCCUACGAGGACAUCCCAAUCUCCUCCAUGCGCAAGACCAUUGCCAACCGUCUGAAGCAGUCCAUGGCCGAGAACCCCCACUACUUCGUCUCCACCACCCUGUCGGUCACUAAGCUCAUGAAGCUCCGCCAGGCUCUGAACGCCUCCUCCGAGGGCAAGUACAAGCUCUCCGUCAACGACUUCCUCGUCAAGGCUUGCGCCGUUGCCCUCCAGAAGGUUCCCCAGGUCAACUCCAGCUGGCAGGAGGUUGACGGCCAGGCCGUCAUCCGCCAGCACAAGACCGCUGACAUCAGCGUCGCUGUGGCCACUCCCGUUGGUCUGAUCACCCCCGUUGUCAAGAACGUCUCCGGCCUCGGUCUCUCCAGCAUCUCCAACCAGAUCAAGGACCUUGGCAAGCGUGCCCGUGACAACAAGCUCAAGCCCGAGGAGUACCAAGGCGGCACCUUCACCAUCAGCAACAUGGGCAUGAACCCCGCCGUUGAGCGCUUUACUGCUGUCAUCAACCCCCCGCAGGCCGGUAUCCUGGCUGUUGGCACCACCCGCAAGGUUGCUGUCCCUGUCGAGACCGAGGAGGGCACCGUCACCGAGUGGGAUGACCAGAUCAUCGUCACUGGUAGCUUCGACCACAAGGUGGUUGACGGCGCCGUCGGCGGUGAAUGGAUCAAGGAGCUGAAGAAGGUCGUCGAGAACCCCCUGGAGCUUUUGCUGUAA